GCGAGGUGAGGUGAAGGGGAAAACCAGAGACAAGGACAAGAAGAAAAGGAAUGAUUUUCCCCCCAAAUUAUACCUCUGUGUCAGCAUGAAAUAACUUUGCUGAGAUUCACCUUCAAAACACUUCAAACGGGAAGAACACAAUUGGUGUUUCCCUGGAUAAUGGCUAAAAGGAGACAGGAGUGAGAAAACUCGGGUAAUCAAUUUGAGUUCUAAUCGGCAAAGGCGGUCAUCAACUAGAUGCUGGCACAGGAGACGCAGUGAGGGGGAGAAAGAUUUGUUCUGCUGUGGUCUUCCUCAAGAGUCAAGACGUUGUUCCACGCAGAGUCGUGUGGCCCCGGUCCGGACAGCAGUGCCCCUUCCGGAAGGUCGGCACUGGUCCCCCUCCAGGGUAGCAGUAUAAUGGUGCACUGCGCGGGUUGUGAGCGGCCCAUUUUAGACCGCUUUCUUCUAAACGUGCUGGACCGUGCUUGGCAUGUCAAGUGCGUGCAGUGUUGUGAAUGCAAGUGCAAUUUGACUGAAAAAUGCUUUUCCAGGGAUGGCAAGCUGUAUUGCAAAAAUGACUUUUUCAGGAGAUUUGGCACGAAAUGCGCAGGUUGCCUCCAAGGUAUCUCACCUAGUGACCUGGUUCGAAAAGCACGGAACAAAGUGUUUCAUUUGAACUGCUUUACCUGCAUGGUUUGCAACAAGCAGUUAUCCACUGGAGAAGAACUGUACAUAAUAGACGAAAACAAGUUUGUAUGUAAAGAAGAUUACUUGAAUACUAGCGCCAUUAAAGAAGUCAGUUUAAAUUCAGUUUCAUCGUGCACCGACAGAAGCUUAUCGCCAGACCUCCAAGAUCCAAUCCAUGAUGACACGAAAGAAACUGAUAAUUCAACUUCCUCGGAUAAGGAAACGAAUAACAACGAAAACGAAGAGCAAAACUCUGGUACCAAGAGGAGAGGGCCUCGGACCACUAUUAAAGCCAAACAGCUGGAGACCCUCAAGGCUGCCUUCGCUGCUACGCCAAAACCAACCAGGCACAUCCGGGAGCAGCUAGCUCAGGAGACUGGUUUAAAUAUGCGAGUAAUCCAGGUGUGGUUUCAGAACCGCAGAUCUAAAGAGCGGCGGAUGAAGCAGCUGAGUGCGCUCGGGGCCCGGAGGCACGCCUUCUUCCGAAGCCCACGCAGGAUGCGCCCACUGGGCUCCCGGCUGGAGGAUGCAGAGCUCAUGGGCUCUGGGCCAUACAGUUAUUAUGGAGAUUACCCAGGUGAUUACUAUGGCCCUGGGGGUAAUUACGACUUCUUCCCUCAUGGUCCCCCCUCUUCUCAAGCCCAGUCCCCAGCAGAGUCCACCUACAUCUCUGGCUCAGCGCAGGGGCCCCUUGAGGGGCCCAUGUCAGCUCACCACCCAUCGGACAGCCAAAGGUACACGGACAUGAUGUCACAUGCAGACACGCCCAGCCCAGAGCCAGGCCUCCCAGGGCCUCUGCACCCUGUAGGUGCGGAGGUCUUCAGUGGGGGGCCCAGCCCACCCUUCUCCUUGGCCAGUAACUCCAGCUACAGUGCCCCUCUGUCACACCCUGGACAGGAUGUGGGUGAGGCAGCUGUGUGGUAGAGGGGAGGGGAGCCAGUGUUAAAGGCGAUACCUUCUUGAACUGUAGCGUGUGGAUAAAUAGCCUAUCCACUGAGCCCCCUACAAAAAGAGCACCUCUGAGACACUGACCACAGGACUGAUGUGGAGUUGUGGGUUGCAAGCCCUGUCCCCGCCCUGCCUAUCCAGCUACCCUGAAUUUUACACGGACAGCAAAUCUUUUGAGUAUCGUUUUGCAUUCCAUCAAAACUGUCCAGGAGAUACUAAGUAUAGAAAUCAGGGCGAUGUUUCCAGUUUGUUUUGACUUUUACCAAAAACUAUUGUUUGCCUGGCUCUCAAUAUGCAGAGUAUUUAUUUCUUUGUUUGUUUUAUAAGAAAUCUCCACUAUGAAGAGAUGGUGCCUGUGCCAGAGCGUCGCAUCACUGCAGUAUAAUAAAGCGUUGUCCAAAGUGUGCUGUCCAAACCAGUGUCAGGUU